AAAGGUGACAGAUUCUAACUGAAUUAUAAAAUACUUCUGAAGGCAAAUAAACCAUCUUUUCUAUUUUUCAUCUUCUCUGAGAUGAGACUGUCUGCUAAGAACCCAUGUUGCAGAGGACAGGAGUGAUGUCUGUAUUUCCCAUGAGAUAAAAGUGGGGUAUAUAACCUGAAAGGCUUUAGCAACUGCUCCUCUGAAUCAAGUGUGCAUGUUUUAAUGGCCAUUGUGGUUCCAAGGGUAGAUAUAUUUCUUUACUAAUUUUUAACAAUGUGACUGAGUUACUCUGAGGUGUAAAGAUGCAACAUGUAUUGGAGAUGUCUUCAGUGAGCAAAUAUUUCAGAAAGGUAGAUAUUUAAUGAUGUAACUUUUUUUCUUUAAUAGCCCUUUUUAAUGUCUGAAAUUUUUUUUUUGUGUUUAUUUUUUAAGCUCCUAUGGGACAUGGUUUAAUACCAUAUUCUCCAUUUCUAUUCCAAGUAUGCUGUGUGGUUUCAGCACCAGUCCUUCUUAGGACUUCUCAGUGGCAAUUAAAAAUGGAAACACUGUUGCUCUGUACCUUCUGGUUUUUUGUUGUGUGGGUAUAUGCAUCAUUUUCAUCGCUUCCCAGUGCAUCUAUUUUCCUGUCACUUCCAUUUCAGAAUGGCCAGACUCCACUUAUGUUGGCUGCUGAGCAAGGCAAUUUAGAAAUUGUCCAGGAGCUUCUCAAGAAGGGAGCUAAUUGCAACUUGGAAGAUGCAGACAACUGGACUGCUCUUAUUUCAGCAGCUAAAGAAGGACAUGCAGCUAUUGUAGCAGAGCUACUCAAUUAUAAUGUCAGUUUGGAGCAUCGGGAUUUGGGAGGAUGGACUGCCCUGAUGUGGGCAUCAUACAAAGGUCGUACCGAAGUGGCUAAAUUACUGCUUGAGAAAGGAGCAAAUCCAAACAUCACAGGCAUGCAAUACAGUGUUUAUCCAAUUAUUUGGGCAGCAGGACGUGGCCACUCAGAUAUAGUCCAUCUCUUACUGCAGCAUGGAGCUAAAGUGAACUGCUCUGACAAAUAUGGAACCACCCCACUGGUUUGGGCAGCAAGGAAGGGUCAUUUGGAGUGUGUGAAAUACCUGCUGCAGAUGGGAGCUGAUGUUGAUCAAGAAGGAGCUAAUUCUAUGACUGCACUUAUUGUAGCAGUGAAGGGUGGCUAUACUGACUCAGUAAAAGAAAUACUGAAAAGGAACCCAAAUGUGAACCUAACAGAUAAAGAUGGAAAUACAGCUUUGAUGAUUGCAUCGAAGGAGGGACACACUGAAAUUGUGCAGGAUCUUCUUGAUGCUGGAACUUACGUGAACAUUCCUGACAGAAGUGGAGAUACAGUGUUGAUUGGGGCUGUUAGAGGUGGUCACGUUGAAAUUGUGAGGGCCCUGCUCCAUAAAUAUGCUGAUAUAGAUAUCAGAGGUCAGGAUAACAAAACUGCUUUAUAUUGGGCAGUUGAGAAAGGAAAUGCUACAAUGGUGAGGGAUAUCUUGCAAUGCAACCCUGAUACUGAGACAUGUACCAAGGAUGGAGAAACACCACUUAUAAAGGCAACCAAGAUGAGAAAUAUUGAAAUAGUAGAGCUUCUUCUGGAUAAAGGAGCUAAAGUCUCUGCUGUAGACAAGAAAGGAGAUACUCCACUUCACAUUGCUAUUCGUGGAAGAAGCCGUAAACUUGCUGAAUUACUCUUAAGAAAUCCAAAAGAUGGUAGAUUGCUUUAUAGACCCAACAAGACAGGAGAAACCCCUUACAAUAUUGACUGUAGCCACCAGAAGAGUAUUUUAACGCAGAUAUUUGGUGCCAGGCACUUGUCUCCCACGGAAUCUGAUGGUGACAUGCUGGGCUAUGAUCUGUACAGCAGCGCUUUGGCUGAUAUUCUGAGUGAACCAACCAUGCAGCCACCCAUCUGUGUAGGCUUGUAUGCACAGUGGGGAAGUGGAAAAUCUUUUCUGCUGAAGAAACUGGAAGAUGAAAUGAAGACUUUUGCAGGACAGCAGAUUGAACCUCUGUUUCAGUUCUCCUGGCUUAUUGUGUUCCUCACGCUUUUGCUGUGUGGAGGUUUGGGUUUAUUGCUUGCUUUCACAGUGGACGCAAAGCUUGGAAUAGCAGUGUCACUCAGCUUAUUAGCUGUUCUCUACAUUUUCUUUACUGUAAUUUACUUUGGUGGCCGGAGAGAAGGGGAGAGAUGGAACUGGGCCUGGGUGUUGAGUACAAGGUUGGCAAGACAUGUUGGAUAUUUAGAGUUGCUUCUCAAACUCAUGUUUGUGAACCCACCAGAACUACCAGAGCAAACCACUAAAGCUUUACCUGUCAGAUUUUUGUUUACAGACUACAAUAGACUGUCCAGUGUAGGUGGAGAGACUUCACUGGCUGAGAUGAUUGCUACCCUCUCUGAUGCAUGUGAAAGGGAAUUUGGUUUCCUAGCAACAAGGCUAUUUCGAGUUUUCAAGACAGAAGAUACACAAGGUAAAAAGAAAUGGAAGAAAACUUGCUGCCUCCCAUCUUUUGUGAUUUUCCUGUUCAUCUUGUCUUGCGUUGUUUCUGCAAUCGCCCUGUUAGCAAUUUUCAACAUGGAAUCGGCCAACAUGACAGUGAAUGUUAUUCUCAUAACAGUGACCUGUAUUGUUGGUUUGGCCUUUUUCUUGAAUUGCCGCACGUGGUGGCAGGUGAUGGAUUCAGUUUUGAAUUCUCAGAGAAAACGUCUUCACAGUGCUGCCUCCAAGCUUCACAAGUUGAAGAGCGAGGGGUUCAUGAAGGUUUUGAAAUGUGAAGUGGAACUGAUGGCCAAAAUGGCAAAAACCAUUGACGGCUUCACUCAGAAUCAGACUAGGCUUGUUGUAAUUAUUGAUGGAUUGGAUGCUUGUGAACAGGACAAAGUUUUACAGAUGCUUGAUACUGUGCGAGUCUUGUUUUCAAAAGGUCCGUUCAUUGCAAUUUUUGCGAGUGACCCACACAUUAUUAUAAAGGCAAUUAACCAGAAUCUCAACAGUGUUCUGCGUGAUUCAAACAUAAAUGGCCAUGACUACAUGCGAAAUAUUGUCCAUUUGCCUGUUUUUCUGAACAGCCGAGGGCUUAGUAAUGCAAAAAAACUGAUGGUAGCUUCAACAACCAAUGGGGAUAUUCCUUAUGCAGAUAAUGCAGGAUUGCAUGAAGAGGUUGACAGAAGAGUUUCUCAGAACAGUCUUGGAGACAUGACCAAACUUGGUAGCAAAACUGCUCUCAACAGGCGGGAUACUUACCGAAGACGCCAGAUGCAGAGGACCAUUACCCGCCAAAUGUCUUUUGAUUUGACCAAGCUGUUGGUUACAGAGGAUUGGUUCAGUGAUAUCAGCCCUCAGACCAUGAGGAGGUUGCUAAAUAUUGUUUCAGUGACGGGUCGUUUAUUGAGAGCUAAUCAGAUCACAUUCAAUUGGGACAGACUGGCAAGUUGGAUCAAUCUCACAGAGCAGUGGCCGUAUAGAACAUCAUGGCUUAUCCUGCAUCUUGAAGAGACUGAAGGUGUUCCAGAUCAUCUGACUUUAAAAACCAUCUAUGAGAGAAUUUCAAAGAAUAUUCCUACAACUAAAGAUGUUGAACCUCUACUUGAAAUUGAUGCAGAUAUACGGAACUUUGAAGUAUUUUUAUCCUCAAGAACACCUGUCCUUGUUGCACGUGAUGUAAGAACCUUUUUGCCUUGUACAGUGAACUUGGAUCCCAAGCUACGAGAAAUCAUUGCAGACGUUCGUGCUGCAAGAGAUCAGAUGAAUAUUGGAGGACUUCCUUAUCCCACCUUGCCUUUACAUGAGGCACCUGCUAGAGCAACAUCUCUGUUCAGUCAGCCUUCCUCAGCUUGCUCUUCUACAACCUCUUUCAAUGGGCCUUUCAAUAGUGGAGUUUUAUCCCCACAGCCUCACAGCAGUUACUAUAGUGGUAUGACAGGACCUCAGCAUCCAUUUUACAAUCGGGGAGCAGGAGCAGGCACAGGGUCAGCCACGGGAGUAUCACAUGUAUCUCUGAGCACAAUGAGUGUGGAAGCUGUUUGUGAGAAGCUAAAGCAGAUAGAUGGUCUGGACCAGAGCAUGCUACCUCAGUAUUCUGCAACUAUAAAAAAGGCAAAUAUAAAUGGCCGUGUCUUGGCUCAGUGCAACAUUGAUGAACUGAAAAAAGAAAUGAAUAUGAAUUUUGGUGACUGGCACCUGUUCAGGAGCAUGAUACUUGAAAUGAGAAAUUCAGAAAAUCAGGCUGCUCAGGAAGAUACCCGUGGAGCAACAGAGCAUGGUACAGCUGCAAUUGCUCACAGUGACCUUAAUCGCCGUCCUGGCCACAACACCGAGCUGCCUCACACUGAGCUGACAGGUCUUGCUGGUCAAGCUCCCUACACACUGAACUUCAGCUUUGAAGAACUCAACACAAUUGGUCUUGAUGAAGCUCCUCCACGCCAUAGUAACUUAAGUUGGCAGUCACAAACUCGUAGAACUCCAAGUCUUUCAAGUCUUAACUCUCAAGAUUCUAGUAUUGAAAUAUCAAAGCUUACAGACAAGGUGCAGGCAGAGUACAGAGACGCAUAUAGAGAGUAUAUUGCUCAAAUGUCACAGUUAGAAGGAGGUGCCAAUUCUACCACAGUAAGUGGGAGGUCCUCCCCUCAUAGCUCAAGUGCUUUCUAUAUGGGCCAGAGCACAUCGGGAGGCUCCCUGCACUCCAGUGCAGAACAGGAAAAAGGAAAAGAGGGUGAACAGAAACAAGAUGAUGGAAGAAAGUCCUUUUUGCUGAAGAGGAGUGAUGUUGAUUACAGUACUUCAGGUGUUUCUACUAAUGAUGCAUCUCCUUUGGAUCCUAUUACUGAAGAAGAUGAAAAAUCUGAUCAGUCUGGUUCCAAGCUUCUACCAGGAAAGAAGUCUUUGGAAAGAACAAGUAUUUUCCAGGCUGCAGAUUUAAAGCUUAAGGGAGUUACUCUCCGCUAUCAGAAACUUCCCAGUGAUGAAGAUGAGUCAGGAACUGAAGAAUCAGAUAAUACUCCACUUCUUAAGGAAGGUAAAGAUAAGAAAACAGAUAUCAAAAUAGAGAAGCAGCCUAAAUCUCCAGAACAUGGUUCUGAACCUAUCAGAACCUUCAUCAAAGCAAAGGAGUAUUUGACAGAUGCCCUUUUGGAUAAGAAAGAUUCGUCUGACUCUGGUGUAAGAUCCAAUGAAAGUUCUCCAAAUCAUUCCCUCCACAAUGAAGGAGCAGAUGAUUCACAGCUUGAAAAGGCAAAUCUCAUUGAGCUCGAAGAUGACAGUCACAGUGCAAAAAGAGGAAUUCCACACAGCCUUAGUGGCCUUCAAGAUCCAGCUGUUGUUCGCAUGUCUAUUUGCUCAGAAGAUAAGAAGAGCCCUUCUGAAAGCAGCCUGAUAGCAAGCAGCCCCGAAGAGAGCUGGCCAGCCUGCCAGAAAGUCUACAAUUUAAACAGAACCCCUAGUACAGUCACCUUAAAUAACAACAGUGCUCCAAGUAAUCGGGCUAAUCAAAAUUUUGAAGAAAUGCAAGGUAUCAGAGAUCCAUCUCAAAUUAUCCUGCACCCUGGCUCGGGUUCCAAUCCAACUGCAGUUCAGAAUGAGAACCUGAAGACAGUUGCUCACAAGCGAGGCCAACGUUCAAGUUAUACCAGGCUUUCAAAAGAUUCAUCAGAGCUCCACACCGUUGCAGCCUCAGAGGGGGCUGGUUUUGGAGAAGAGAGAGAGAGUAUCCUGUGAAAAGCAGCCAAGUUAAAAAGAGUAUGCUCAUGAAUUGCAGCUUGGAAUUCUUUGUCAGUCUGUGGUUACAUUAAUCUCUGUAGUUCAAGCUUUUGGUAUUGUAAAAGAAGGCCUAGAUUAUUUUCACUCAUUUUCUCUGAAAGGAGGAGUAAUUUUUACAAGACACAAACUACUUCAGACCUUCCCCACAUAUAAAAGCAGUAGUUGUCAGCAUGGAAAAUCAGUUCUUUGUUAAAACACUGUGCAGAGGUUUGGUCAGGGGCAGAUUUUACAGAAGUAUUGUUUAAUUAUGAAAAAUACAAUGUCAUCUUGCUUUUUUCUUGGGAUAUGUAUUAUUUAUCCCAUUGAAACAUUCUGUUAACUGUCCUUAAAUGCAAAUAAAGUUAAUACUGUCCAUCCUUGCCAUUUGAUACACCAUUUGAUGCUGGAAUAUUGAAUAUCACAGCCUGUGACACCCUUACCAAACUUUGCAUUAAUUUAUGAAUUAAUGUGUGCAACAUAAAUUACACAUGUUGAAAUUUGAAUGAUAAGGUACUUGUUUGGCUAUAUGUACACUUUUGCUCUCUGUAUGUGCAGUAGCUACUGUUGAAUUUGUGAGCUUUGGGUAGAGUGGUGAUAAAGUUUGUAAGGAAUGUUGUCUUGAUGUGUCACUAGAAGCGGCAGUUAUUUAUAAUUGUAUACCUUAUCAUUAUCGUUGACUUAGUGGAUCCAUUAUUUAUUAUAGGUAUGCAGUUUUGCAGUCACUGAAUAGAUGGUCUCAGUAGAUGCAACCACCAUAUUAAAAUAUUGUAAGGAUACAGUAUGAAGAUGAUGUUUGAAUUUGUGAAGCAUUUGUGGCUGUGCGUGGUUUUUCCUUGGUACAGUGUUUAUCAUUUGGUUAUGGAAAGAAAAAUAAGCAGAGUUUUCCAUUUUAAAACUAAUGCAUACCUUUUGGAAUCUUGUCAAAGCUGUACUCCAGCUUCUGUAUUUCUGAAGUACAGUGUUUGAAGAUUUUUUUUUUAUCAUCUAAGUAAUGUACCUGAAUGAUGCUAUAGCAAAUACUUAUACUGUCCAGUGAAAUCUGCAUGGUUUUGAGGAAGAAUUGUUCAAGCUAGA